AUGGACCGCACCGGCGCCUCGAUUCGUGAAGAUGGACAAGCGACUGUGUCGUCUACGCCGCCUCCUCGGCGGCGUUAUUCCAUGGAGGAGGAUCUCCACUACAAUCGCGUAAUGGCCGCCCCCCGACGACGACUCUCCCAACCGGAGGCCUGCGAGCCCUAUCCUAACGACUCAGAUGUUGGCGAGGAGAAUCCGGGGCCAGGCCGGAGGAAAGGGAGUCGAGCCGUGUUCGACCAGUCAAACGAAACCGAAGGAGAAGGAACCGAAUCGCUUCCAAACUACCAGAGUUCAUUGUACAUCGAAGGAGUAUUCUCCAAGAAACAUGAGAUUGAAAACACCACAAAACGAGCCGAGGAUCGUCACUGGCACACCAGAUUUGUCACUCUAAACGGAACUGCCCUCAAUGUGUAUACCGUAAAGAAGGACUGGGGAUGGGGUCGAAGCCGAGAUGGCCCUUCGAUAUGCCCCGACAACCCUCCGUGGGUAAGGAAGUCGAAGCUUGAGAAGAGCUAUAGCCUGAUACAUGCCGAUGCUGGUAUCGCAGCUGACUAUACAAAACGGCGAUACGUCAUUCGUAUCAGGGCAGAGACUGACCAGUUUCUUUUGUCGUGUAUCGAAUUGGCCACGUUUGUUAAAUGGCUCGAGGCCUUGUUUGCAGCCAUCGAUGUUGCCGCCCCUAUUGAUGACCGGGACUUUCCCCGGGACAUGUCAAUUCCUCGUAUUCAACGCAUUCGAUGGUUUCAGGGCCAAUCUCCUGCGCUCCCCGGCUAUGCCACAUCUGUUGAGCAGUCGAGAAACAACGAGACGUCUGAGGAGGGCCCGGAAUUGUCCAACACGACGACACGAGCGGGUGCCAGCACAGGCUCCUCGUCUGCAUCUGCACUGCGACCAGCACCAGUUCCGCAACCGCCGCAGGAGGCAUCCUCCAACGCACCUCCGAGAAUGGAACCUCUCAGCCGUCGCCUCAGUACCUCUUCUUAUCCCAAUCCAUCAGUCGACCCGCAUACUGGAAAGUGGUUUCCUGAACACAGGUGGUCGAAUGCCCACGAUUUGCUGUACGCUAAACUGUGCUACAGCAACUUGUUAUUUAGAAGCCCUCGGAAAUCCAACUACAUAAUCAGCAAGGAAUCUAGUGGCCAAGAGUUUGUCAAGAUCCGACGAGUUUCGAGUCUGUUGGACCAUUUGGACAGAAAGGUCUCGACUCCUCGACAUGAGUGCCAACAUUGA